AUGUUCCCGUGCAAAGAUGAUGAGUUUACAAUCGAGGUAUCCUUUCUGACUGGUGCAGCACCUCGUGUUGAAUGGCUCACUGUCAAGGAUUCAGACCUGGUCCAGGAUGUGAAGGACCGUCUGCGCGAGUUGCGGAAGCUGAAUGGAGCGACGGGAGUGAAGCUUAUCUUCCAGGGCUCUGCGCUCCCUGACGGCCGCACUCUCAAGUCAUUGGGCGUAGGCACUGCAAGAGGCUCCCUUGUGUAUGUGGUUGAGGCAGAGGGAGCAGGGAGCUCGGCCUCCCACAGAGGAGGAGGCUUGAGGAUCCUGAACCUGACAGGUGGCCAUGUGACGGUCCCAGCGCAAAACUUCGACACUCUCCGCGACGAAGAGCGCCUGGAUGCUUAUGGCAUUGUGGCAGAUACGUCCACCGUCUAUCUCCUCCCGAGCCCUUCCAGCGAAGUGUCACACGGACCCGCCCCAGAAGGGAAAUUGCCUGCGAAGGAAUGUGAUGAGUGUGUUGGGGUUGCCGGCGUUUUCCCUGGAAUGCUCAUUGAGAGGAGGAUCGACAGUUUUUGGUUUCCUGCCAAAGUUCUAAAGGCGACGCAAGCGGACGUUCUGAAGGUUGAUAUGCAGUACCUGGAUGAUGGAAACGUUGAGCAUGGAGUUGAUUGGGUGGAGUGCCGCUGCGCGCCUGCAUAG